GCGAUUCGAGCCUGUUGUCUUGUUGUCUCUCAUGAUCUGCUGCUCGAACUCAUCACCACCGGGCUGGCCUCUUGGAGUCCUGCUCGCGACACGCAGACACCAUGAUGCGCAAGGCGCCGGCAACCUCGAUGCAGAAGACCUACGACGAGUGCUACUUGAUCUGCUCCACGGCCAUCUACUUUGAAAGCCAGAACAACGAAGCCGAAGCCCUGCGAGCCUGGCGCAAUGCCCUCGACCAGAUCUACUAUCACAAUGCCUACAAGAUCCCCUCCAACUAUGUUCCCCGCUCCGAGACCGAGAAGGCAUUGGCAGAUUCGCUCAAGGCUAUGGAGCUGCAGUGCAAGGAACGCGUGGAUCUGCUAGAAGCGCUGAAGAAGAGCAAACUGGAAGCGGCGAAGGCAGAGAAGGAAGCAGCGGGAAGUGGUUCUGGGAGUCCUUUCCGAAGUCGAGAAUCCCUGCCUGCUACACCAUCUGCAACGGCCAACAACUCGAAUGGCCAGGGUAGCUCUUGGUUGGGAAACAACACGGUGCCUCCAGCAACGUAUGCAGACAUCCCGCGACCAACGCCGACGCCUGAACGUCGACCAGCGCCGCCACCUCGACCGUCCUACGUGACCAAGAAGAGCAGCCAUGGAUAUGACACGCCUCGUAAUAUGAGUCUGCAGUCCCAGGCUGUUCCCGGACCUCGAUUGACGCCACCUGUGCCUGUCUCCUCCGAACGAUCUCGAGAUAGAACACCGAGUCCGGACAAGAAGAACGGCGGCAUGCUGAAGACACUGCGCGCAGGCAAUGCCAAGGAUGGCAAGUCGUCAUCUUCGAAAUUGACAACUACGUUGCGACCAAAGCCGCAACCUGCGGCAGCGAGCGCAGCAGCCUUGAGUUGGACGAAGCCCGCUCCAAACAAUGGCAAUGGUGCAGGGCCCAGCAGUUCGAUGAACACGUCUACACAAUGGGACCCUGUUUCGAAAACAGUUGUUCGAGGAAAUCCUCCACCGCAGGAGUACCGACGAGCGUCUGAUAAUGUCUUCGUGCAGCCGCCCGGCCCAUCCGACUUCCAGCAAGGACGACCUUCUUACAGCCAGCCUCCGAGAAGACGUGGACCACCGUAUCCCGACCAUGCCGCUGCUAACCCGUUCGCAAACUUCGAUUCAAGCAAUGACUUUGAUGAUACUAGUAUGCCACCUCCACCCCCGCCACAUCAGUUCACGGCUUCGCCUCCACCUGCGACCGUUCCAUCACAGGCUGCCCCAAACAUAGCACAGAUGCCCGCCGCGUCAUUGUCAUAUAUGCAGGAGUACCCGAACAGUCCACCUAUAGCAAAGAAAACACCACCUGCCGUGCCAUUGAAGCCGACCGAGAGAAAAUCAGACUCAGAAAGGACAUCGAGAAAAGCAAACAGAAUUAUCGAGGCUAGCUCGACGGGUGGCAUCCCUCGCAAAGCUAUCGGCAGAGCUGCUGGUGUCGCGGCCGCUACUGCUGAAAGGCAGAAGCUUGACAAUGUACAGGCUGAGCUGAGCAGUCGGACACGACAAGAUCCGCGAGCUGGACCAGCCGGCUAUUCGAGCAGCCCUGAUGGCGUACCCAGACGUAAUGCAACAAAGAAGAAGAUCGAAGGCCGAACUAUCCCAGCUCGAGCUAUGACUCCGCCGACUACAGACGAUGCAGAUGAUGAUUCCGGGGAGAACAUCGGCGCGCCCAGUGCGAAAGAUCUGUGGGAUGCGAGAGUGAGUAAGAUCAUGAAAAACCUGCCGAAGGGACUCGACGAAUUCGCAGCGAAGCAGAUCUUCAACGAGAUUGUGAUUCAAGGCGAUGAAGUGCAUUGGGAUGACGUUGCCGGGCUGGAAAUCGCAAAGUCGGCGCUCAAGGAAACUGUGGUCUAUCCGUUCUUACGACCAGAUCUGUUCAUGGGUCUGCGAGAACCUGCUCGUGGCAUGCUUCUAUUUGGGCCUCCAGGCACAGGCAAAACAAUGCUGGCACGGGCAGUUGCAACUGAGAGCAAGAGCAUAUUCUUCGCCAUCUCAGCUAGUAGCUUGACAAGCAAAUUUCUGGGCGAGUCGGAGAAACUUGUCAGGGCCCUGUUCGUGUUGGCAAAAGAGUUGGCGCCGUCAAUCAUCUUCGUUGAUGAAAUCGACUCUUUGCUUGGGUCACGAGGUGGGAGUAGCGAACACGAAGCCACGAGGAGGAUCAAGACGGAAUUCCUGAUUCAGUGGAGCAAUUUGCAGAAAGCUGCGGCAGGAAGAGAGGCUACUGAGGGUGACGCGAGUCGAGUGCUAGUGCUUGCUGCCACGAAUACACCGUGGGCGAUCGACGAAGCUGCGCGACGACGAUUCGUACGGAGACAGUAUAUUCCCUUGCCAGAAGACUGGGUGCGAGAGAAACAGCUUCGCACGCUAUUGGCGGCGCAAAAGCAUAAUCUUCGAGAUAAGGACUUGAAGGUGCUGGUCAUUUUGACCGAAGGCUUCUCUGGAUCUGACAUUACAGCUCUGGCGAAAGAUGCUGCGAUGGGCCCUCUCCGAUCACUGGGUGAGAAACUCUUGCACAUGUCGCCUGACGAGAUUCGACCGAUCGGGAUGCAGGAUUUCGAGGCAUCGCUCGUGAAUAUUCGACCUUCGGUAAGCAAGCAAGGGUUGAAAGAGUUUGAAGAUUGGGCUCGAGAAUUUGGUGAGAGAGGAGGAUGAUGACCUGCGGGCCGACUUACAGCUUUUGCCCUGGAGGAGAAGGGAUUACGAAGAUGAAUGAAUAUGAGCUUGGUUGGACAAAGAAGCUGCGCGAAAGACUAUCUUCGAGACCAGAAAUGCCGUUCACGAGCGCGGUGCGAUAGGCCUGCAGCGCUUCGUAUGACAUGUAUGUAACUUGGGCGCUUCUUUGAGUUUUCGAGAUACCACACAACACAAUUCUUGACGCGUCACGAGAAAUGGCUGGCUGGCUGGGAGAGAGGUUCGUUCGCAUUUGUACUCGCC